GCUGUGGAGCAGCUCCUGCCUGCUCCCAGAGCCCAGGGAGGUUCCUGGCCGUGCUCAGCUGUGCAGCAGCCCCACGGCUCUGCAGUGCCGCGGAUCAGGUGGUUGCGGAGCCGCGCGCAGGAACGCGAUGCAGCUGAGGAGACGAGCACAGCCCCCGGCAGCCUCUGGAGCUGCUCUCCAGAACAAGGCGACCUCUAAGCUCCCAUCCAUCACGGAAACGAUGUGCUGAUACUGCAGGAGACCACGGCAACAAUGGAAUACCAGAUAUUGAAUACAUCUACCUGUCUGCUGGUCCUUCUGGUUUUCCUACCCACUGGUUUGGGUAUCUGUCCUUCUAGCUGUACAUGCUCAGGAAACGACAGGAAUGUGGACUGUUCAGGCAGAAACUUAACUGUACUGCCCCAGGGACUUCAAGACAACCUUACAUAUUUAAAUCUGUCCUUUAACCAGUUUGUAGAUCUCGAUCAUCAGCUAACGAGGUUCACCAAUCUGAGGACCCUUGAUAUUUCGCAUAAUUGGCUCAAGAAUGUUCCUGCUCAUCUGCCUAAAUCCUUAUGGGAGUUGUAUGCCACAAACAACAACAUUAAAGUUCUUCAGAAACUUGAUACAGCUUACCAGUGGAAUCUUCGAGUGCUCGACGUUUCCAGGAAUAUGGUGGAAAGAGCUGUCCUGAUCAACAACACACUGAGCAGUCUCAAGUUUCUCAAUCUCAGCAGCAACAAACUUUGGACAGUUCCAACCAACAUUCCCUACAAUAUAGAGACGGUGGAUCUAUCCAAUAACUUCUUGUCCCAGAUACUCCCAGGAACACUGGUGAGACUUCAACACCUCACGAGCCUCUACCUGCACAACAACAAGUUCUCGUACAUUCCCGACAAAGCUUUUGACCAGCUCCUUCAGCUGCAGGUGGUAACUCUAUACAACAACCCCUGGUCCUGCAGCGACAAACAGAACAUCCCUUACGUGCUGCAGUGGGUGCAGGGUACAGCUGCCCGUGUCCUGGGGGCUCCCUGCGCCCACCAGGCCGGGCUCUGGGCCAGCGCCGCGCCCGCCUCGGCCGCGCCCACGGCUGGGGACUCCAGCGCCCUGAUCGAAGGAAGGAAGGCAGACAGAGCCACCUCUGCCGAGGCAGCCGAACCCACCCCAGCCACCAAAACGCACAAACAACUGAAAGCCAAGAAAGUCACUCCCCUGGCCACCCAAAGCCACACGGUUCUGUUCCCCAGCACGGAGCAGCCCCUGCUCCGCCACCCCGACGGGCUGACCUCGAGGGACGGCGGCCCCCAGGAAGCAGCAGCCACGCGCACGAUCCACGCCAUGGACCCAACCCAGGGCAACUCCACGGGAUCGUCCACCACGCCCAUGACUUUAAGCAUCACCAGUGGAAUGCCAACGAACUACUCCAAGGUGCCUCACAGCACAACCGCUACCUUAAGCAAAGAGGAGGCCACGACGGGCGCUCCCAACGCGCGCGUGCCCUCCCGAGCCGGCGCCCGGCAGCUCUCCCUGCUUUACGUCCUCCUGCUCCACGCAGUGGCCAUGGCUGUCCACUGAGGGCUCCUGCCUUGGGGACAGCACCGGGUGUGUUCCUGGGAUACACAGCUGGAGUCGAGACAUCCAGCUGAAAUAAUGAAUCAAAACACAAGGAAUGCAGAGCUCUGACUCUGCUCUAAAGAAAAUAACAGUUCGUAAAGACGUGCACACUAAUGUCUUGAUACUAAGCUGCUACUUAUUUUCAUAUGUCUUAAUUGAGUACAACUAACCUAUUAUUUUGUUUUUAAAAAUGUGCUUAUUUUGUAUUUAAAUUUUUCAUUUUACUUGCACAGAAUAAACACAUCAGAAUUUUAAGUACUGAUUUUAUGUAUGAUUUUGUCAUUGAACAACUGGAAAAAAAAAAAGAAGGCCUGUAUCAUAUCUGCAUUGUCUUGCUUGACUUGCCAGUGAGCAAUUCCUGUAAUAUAGCAGCACAGAUGCUCUGUAAGUUAUGACAACAUGCAAAAGGAAGGGAAAAAAAUAAAGGAACUAAACUGAGCUGUUUUACUAAUAAGAAGUUAUUCCUGAGCAAAAUUGCUAGCAUGUGUAUCUAUGUUUGCUUCAUAUGUACUAGGAUAUUUUAAAUAUGAAGAACAACAGUCUUGAAUUUAGGAAUUAAAUAUGACAACGCCAUGAUAUCUGCUAGGAGGGUGUAAACUGAGAAGGCAACAUGGUCCAACUUCAGCAUGGGAAAGUGGUAGGGGCCGGUAUCCUUCUGCUCUGUCUCCACUUAGAGACUGCAGGCAAGUUAUUGCUCUCUCCAUAAUUAAAAAAAAAAAAAAGAAAAAAAAAAGAUAGAAGUAGAGGAAAAGGCCAGAUGUUCAAUGCCAUGACACGCUCCAACACCAGGGAGUUAUCUGCCCAAAUUAAUGAAAUAGAACUCCUUAACUUUACGUCAAGUGACAUCCGGAAACGUUAAUACAUUCUGCUUAAAAUCAGCCAGAACGUAGCAAACUGCUACCAGCAAAAUUAAAUAUCAGCCAAUUUCUAGCACAAGUCAUGUAACAAAUCAAUUAAGCAAUUAGUUGGUGAGCUGUCACUGAAACAAUCCCGAAUCUUGGGGCUUCACAGGGAAUUACUUGAGCCCAUGGCAUUGAACGUGCCCAAACGCUGCUUCCCAAGGGCGAGCAUGGGUGCUCUUCUCCUUCCAUCUGCACCAUCAGCCAGUAGAAAUAGUUGCACGCAUGGUUCUGUCCACUCUAGGAAAAUUAUUUAAAUUAUGGCAAAGGUACCUGAUAUACUACAGAUGAAGUUCUGCAAACAGCAUGAAAUGAAAACUGAAGAACAAGUUAAUUGAAAAAGUAUUACUCACUUAAUAUUACAGAUCUUAUACAAUGUUUUCCAUUCAUUCCAGGCCAUUUAAUUUCCAGUUAUUGUAGCAUGAAGGUGCUACAAAACCCAGAAAACCUCACAACUGAGACUGGAGUCCUCUACCUGUUUCUCCUAAGGUGUCAAUGGGGGCUGUAAACCAUUUACAACUACUGGUGUCAGAGAAAUCACAACUUUCCAACUGUGAACAGUAUUUCUAUAACCAGAAACGUGUUUUAAUUUCUAACAGUAAAUGUUACACAAUGGAUUUGUACAGUUAUUUCAUUGGCAUUUAAGUAAAAAUAAAGUUAUGUUUGUAUUGAA